UUUAUCUCCUGUUUUGUUUUAGUAUAAGUUUUAGAUUUUCUGCAGUACAAUUCAUACUGACUACUGAUUCUUUGCUUUUCGUAAGAACACAAAACCUUUGACUGCCAAGAUGCCUUCACCUAAAUUUCAUAUGAAGUACCAUUCAGAAGAUGUUCUUGUGUCCUCUGACGGACGCGAAAUGACCAGACUACUUCCCUCUGCUACCGGCCGGAAACCAACCAAACCUGCCGCCGCCGCUGCCUCUCAAACUCAGCCUGCAGCAAAAUCGCAACGAGAUCUUGAAGAAACUGUGAAGAAAUUUGCUGAUGCAGUUUCUGAGAAAGGACGAGCGAUGUAUGAGAUAUGGGCUUUGGUGUUCAACGUCCUUCAUCUCCUGCACAGUACUGGAGCAGAGAGAGUUAGAUGGACACCACCUGGUUGUUCAUUCCCAUACUCCCACACACUAGGAGUCACGAUGAUAGUUAUUCUCUGUCAUUGUGGUGAACAUUUGGGUUACGAAAUGUUGCAAGGUCUUGUCGACUAUAUUCUUCACUUCAAGACAGUUGAUGUCAAUGAAGAAGAAGAUAAGACCAAAGCCAACUGGACUCUCUUACACCAUUGUGCAAUGACAGACAAUGCACGUUUAGCUAAACUGCUCAUCGAACGCGGCGCUUGCCUCAACGCACAGACCAGCAGGUUCCGAUGGACUCCACUGCACUGGGCAGUCAUGCUGAACAAGAUCAAUUUUGUCAAGGUGAUACUGUCACAUGACAGUGACAGUGUCACCUUGGAUACCACACUGCUUGACUGGGAUGAUGCCACAGCAUUGGACCUAGCAAAGUACUAUCAUCGUGAUGAAUGUGUGAAGCUUCUCACACAGCAUGAAGCUGACAAGGCAAAGAAGAAAAUUGAGAAGCUAGUGUUGUCAUUAGACGUUGACUGAAGAAGUGUGAAAGCAGCUGUGACGGGCAAGCCUAGUCUGCAUAGCCACAACGGGUGACGUCUACCACUCGUGUGUGUGUGUGUGAGUGUGUGUGUGUGUGUGCGUGCGUGCGCACACGUCUGUGUUUAGAUGCAUGGAAUUUUAGGAAAUUAGUAAACGGACUUCUCGUUUAUAGUUUGCUUCUUGGUUCUUGAAAUAUCUGAUAGAUGUGUUCCAUACAUUCUAUUCGCCAUGCUCUUUACAAAUACAAGGAAAUUUCGUGAAUAAUUUUCAUUGUCGUUGUCGUCUGGUAAACAAAUUAAUUACAUCAUAGCUGAUCGUUGUCCUCCACCUGCCUGCACCGUGAACUUAGCCAGUUUUCGAGACGAUUUUUCCCUGAUGAUAGUCUCAAGAAAAUCGAUUAGGAACAACCAUUUUAGAUACAUGUAUUCUCAUUCAUCAUUUUGUAAUGUCCGCUUCACUUAUACUAUUAAUCGCAUUAAUAAAGUUAUUGUCUCCUCGUCGCCUUUUCAUUUACUUCAAAAGGAGAUAUUCUGCUACUCAGGUUGAUUGCCUGAACGCAAUUAUUAGGAAGCGCUUUGUUUGCCGUAGUAUUGCACAUAACCUUACAUUCCUCACACAAUGUUUAGAGUAUGGUGUUUGCCCUCAGUCUAUACAAAACCGCGUUCACAAGGCAAAAGCUUAUCAUUCACUCAAGCUGGAACGGGUUUUUAUCAAAGACGAUAUUAGCCGUAGUAAGGACACUCUUAGCAAAGUCAAAUCCCAGUUCAGACAUCUAUACGCUCUGGCUCGUUCCUUUCUCUCGCCGUUGGACUUCUUGCGUUUCUCGAACCUUCUGUCUCAGAACGACGCUAACCAACAAGUUCGCCUGAUUACAAAAUAUCGUAAGAAUUUGAACUGGCUUCGUAAGAAACGGUUCGGCUCCUUCACCAUUGACCAUAGCACCAUCAUCAACAUCGCCAAUGUAGAACUUAGCAACAUAGAGAAAGAUCUCUUGUGUAGGGGCAUUGAUUACGGAGUUCCUCCUACUUCGCUGAAACCUGAAGUGACUUUAAUGGAAUUUGAACUACUUUACAAUAAAUUAUCUGAAUUCAGACCUUGUUCGGAUACUCAGAAGUCACUUUGUGCUGCCAAGCUGAGAUCGAUAGCUGAAGAGCAUGCCACACAACAACCAGACCGUAAAUCUUUCUCUUUGUCUCGAGAGCACUUGAAAGCCCUCCGAGAUCUCAGAGCACGGAAAGACAUUAUUAUCACGAGACCGGACAAAGGUAGAGCCACUGUUAUAAUCACUAAAGAACAAUACCACACGAAGAUGGCUACUAUCCUUGAUGAUCGGUCGAAGUUUGUUAAGUUAGGCCCUGUACAGAUACACGACCGUACAAUUGCUAUAGAAUCUGAUAUCAUCAAGUACUUGCGGAAGCUGCGGAAUGCAGAGGAAAUAUCUAAAUAUGAGUACUUACGAAUUAAACCGAUUGGUUCAACACGGCCCAGACUUUAUGGAUUGCCGAAAAUCCAUAAGAAGGAUUGUCCCCUUCGCCCAAUACUUUCAAUGUGUGGUUCACCUCAAUAUACAGUUUCGAAAUGGUUGUGCGAUAUGAUUACACCAGUGGCUAAGUACUAUUGCAAACACAAUGUAAAAGACACUUUCCAAUUCAUCGAUAUCCUGCGUGAGCAGCCAGUACCGUCUUCUUCCCACAUGUGCUCCUUCGACGUUGUAAGCUUGUUCACCAAUGUGCCCGUGAUGGAGACAAUUGACAUUUGCGCUAAUGCUCUGUACCACGAUAAAGAGUACAGUAAACAGUUCGAUUCUCCCUGGAUGUCCGAAACUGCGUUCCGCAGACUAAUGCAGAUGAUGACAACUGAUGUUGAAUUUUCUUUUGAUGACACCAUGUACCGCCAAAUUGACGGGGUGGCCAUGGGUUCACCAUUAGGUCCAGUUCUGGCCAAUGUGUUUGUCGGGUUUUAUGAAUCGAAGAUUCCAAGUGCGAUGUGGCCAAGCUUAUAUGUUAGAUUCGUAGAUGAUUCGUUCACGCAUUUCCGUAAUCUGGAACAAUCGAAUGAGUUUCUUGGUAUGCUCAACAACCUACAUCCCGCUCUGAAAUUUACAUGUGAACAUGAGCAGUCAAACCGUUUGUCUUUUCUCGAUGUGUUAGUCGAGAAAACGGAGAUGGCUGUUUCAACUUCAGUAUAUCGAAAACCAACGUUCACCGGGCAAUACAUUGUCUACGACUCCUAUUGCUCGACUUUAUACAAAACUAAUCUCGUACGAAAUUUGAUCAUGCGCGCUAGGCGGAUUUGCUCGCCUGAUAAGCUUCAGCAAGAGCUUUGUUUCCUGAAGAAGGUAUUCGUUCGGAAUGGAUAUCCUGUUCAGCUCCUCAGUAAGCUGUUUAGUGAACCUGAUAUUCAGGUUGCCGAGCCUGAGUUUGGACCUGACCCAUGUCGUGUAUUUUUACGACUUCCAUGGAAAGGUCAAAUUUCGCUGGAUGUGGCCCGCGCCGUGAGGACUGUGGUCAGACAAACCUAUUUUGCCACAGCAUUGACAACUGUCUUCACUACGGCCCGUGCGUUCACGGUGAAGAAGGAUGUUCUUCCUACCCAACUAAUUAGCCAUGUAAUCUAUCAUUUUGAAUGUCGGCAUUGUGAUAGCCGAUAUGUAGGAAGAACCCUUCAGCACCUGAACGCACGCGUCAAACAACAUGUACCAUUGUACCUUUUGUCAGAUGCAGCCAAAGCCCAGCGACCUGGGCGAGGCCGUCCCCGCAAACAGGUGCCAGUUGCACAACAGAACCACACUAUUACAGCAGCGGGUGAACCCACUGCAAGUGCACAGUUACGUGAGACUGUAGGAAAUGGACAAGCACAGGUACGGAGACCAGUAACAAGGAGCAUGACUCGUGCGCUGGUAAUGGCAUCUACAACCGGACAUGGACUGGCAGUG